UAGAACUGCCCUUCCUGCGUUAGCUAUACGUCGAAUUUCAGCGACAGAAUCGUUUCGCAACGUAUGACGAACCCCCAGAUCGAACUACACGAGUCUACUAAGAAUCAAACCUCCGCCGCAUCGAUAACCCUACGAGUCCAUACCCCUGUAAAAUAAGAGGUCUCUCACGAGAGCCUCUUUAUCCUCAUGCAGAGGCGCUCAUCGGGAUCGUCCGAUGACAGCGCCGAUGUUCCUGUCAAGAUCUCGCGCCCUCAUGGCCAGACGAGACUGGGCGACGUGACUUCUUCUGUCCGACAUUCACAUGAUGCUCGCCAGUCAGAACGUCCCCAGAAAGACCAGAAAGAGGGCGCUAGAUCGUCAUCCGCUAGGAGCCGGAGACCAAGCAGCAAUAUCAACUGGAGACUUUCUCAUAGUCGCGAUGGGUCUACCGAAAAAGUACCAGCAACCUCUCGUCUCCCGUCCACGACAUUAUCGCCAGACUACCCGAGUAUGGAAAGCGAGAAGACGGCAUCGUCAAGACGAAGGAGUCAGCCUCCGCGGUCUUGGAGUCCCUGGACUAUGUCGCUCUUAACCAUCUUUACAAGCGUCGUAGGCCUUAGCAUGCUGGUAACUGUUCUAUAUUCUUCUGUUACCCUACAUUGUGAUCCCAAGGGCUGUCGCAUGUCCUGGAUGAGUCCAUCAUACGCUAAAUUCAGCGAUUUCGAUACUGAGCAUACUCGAUUUGCUACCAAAUACUCGUUGUAUCUUUAUCGAGAGCAAGGAUUCGACAAUGGGCCAAAGAUCAAAGGCAUACCAGUGCUAUUCAUACCAGGGAAUGCUGGUAGCUACAAACAAGUUAGAUCUAUUGCAUCGGAAUCCGCUAGGUAUUUUCAUGAUAUCUUGCAGCAUGAUGCCGCCGCCAUAAACGCAGGUGCUAGGAAUUUAGACUUCUUCACUGUCGACUUCAACGAAGACUUCACUGCUUUCCAUGGGCAAACCAUGCUCGACCAAGCCGAGUAUCUAAAUGAAGCCAUCAGGUAUAUCCUCUCCCUCUACUUGGACCCAAAGAUCUCGGAACGAGACCCGAGUCUUCCAGAUCCUUCAUCGGUUAUUGUACUAGGUCAUUCCAUGGGAGGGAUUGUGGCGCGAACUAUGUUCAUUAUGCCAAACUACCAGCAAGACUCGGUCAACACGAUCAUUACUAUGUCUGCUCCGCACGCUCGACCUCCUGUCACAUUCGAUUCAAAAAUUGUUAGUAUUUAUAACGAUAUCAAUAACUAUUGGAGACGGGCCUACUCGAAAAGGUCGUCGACCGAAAAUGCUUUGGGCCAGGUUACCCUGGUGUCCAUCGCUGGUGGUGGUUUAGAUACUGUUGUCCCAUCAGAUUAUGCCGGUCUGGAAUCCAUCGUACCUGAGACCCACGGUUUCACCGUUUUCACAUCUACAAUUCCUACAGUUUGGACAAGUAUGGAUCACCAGGCAAUCACAUGGUGCGAUCAAUUUCGGAAGGUCAUCGUCCGUGCGCUGUACGAUGUCGUCGAUAACCGCGGGAGAUCACAGACGAAAUCGAGGGCAGACAGGAUGAAGGCCUUUAAGAGGCGAUUUUUGUCUGGCUUGGAGAGUUUUGUUGAGAAGAGCCUCCCAGAGACAGCCUCGUCGACGUUGUUAACGCUAGAGGAUCAUUCAACUACCAUCCUUCCUCUAGGCGACCGUCUUGUUCUCCGUGGCCUAGGUUCAGAUAGAAAAGCCAAGGCAUACCUUCUCAAUAUUCCGUUGAGUGAAUUUUCCGAAGGGAAGAAGUUGACCCUGCUCUCAGACAGCAAACUCGAUCGGCCAGGCGAGGACGGAAAACUAGAGGUUCUAUUCUGUAAUUUCUACCCGCCGCAAGCUGGACAGGCUAACCAGCCGUUCUCAAUGAAUAUCGAUCUCUCUGACGAUACCACGGAGCCCACAAAAGAUUCAAAUUCAAUCAAACUUGCCUGUAAAAAUGCUGCGUCCGAUGUAGUAUCGCUGCCGGCUUCUUCACGUUUCACGCAGAAUCCAUUCUUCAAAAAGGACGAAUGGCAAAUACCACCAUUUUCAUAUCUCGAGUACGACGUUGAAGAUAUAUCAGACUACGGGUUUGUUGCAGUUAUUGAUAAAACUACGACUCCGACGGCCGGAUGGUUGGUAGCUGAAUUUAGUGAUAAAGCCGACGCUCAUUUAACUCGACAUAUUGGUCUAAGACGUCUUUUUAACUUUGGUUUGUCGCUUCAUCUUCCUGCGAAUAGACCAAUGGUGACCGAAGUGAAACUUCCAUCGGUUCAGAGCAGCUUGUUGGCGUACAAUCUCAAAAUUAUUGACGGCCAAUCCUGCAAUGAACGGGAACAAUUAUUUAGCCCACUUGUCCGGCAGUAUCUCUCUGAGCCUUACGAGUCAAAGUAUUUCGUAAAUGCCCACGAGGUGGAGAUUAGUCUUCACGGUGUCUCGCCUUACGUGCCUCCGCCCCUGAAGUCUAGGCAGUCUGACGAUGGCCUUAGCCUUCAAUUCUGGACAGAUCCGACGUGUGAUUCGGACAUUUCGAUUCGUAUUACGAUCGAUACCAUGGGCAGCCUCGGAAAGCUGUACAUGCGAUAUCGCACCGUCUUUGCUUCUUUCCCCUUGCUUAUCGUUGCACUCGUACUACGAAAGCAAUUCCAAGUAUACGACAGCACUGGGGUCUUCAUUCCCUUUUCCGAGAGCUUAGACUUCUGUCUUAGACGAUCGCUGCCCAUGUUAUUCUUGUCCAUGACUCUCUUAUCGCUUUCGAUGGGCCAGUCGGGCUCAACCGGGUCAAAAAGUCUCUGGUUUUGGCAGAAUAGCACGGCUGAUGUUGAUUUUGCGCAGAACGACCUGCUAGUUGGUACUUCGGACCCGUUCUUCUGGUUUCUGAUCCCGAUGAUAGGAAUUAUCUGUACUGGAGUGUGUAUGGCUCUCCACUACCUCACGCUAUGCCUCACCUGGCUGCUUAGCAUAGUAUAUGGUUGGGUUUUUGUCCGGCCAGCAGUUGUUCAGCUGCAAGAGAAGAAGCGAGCGUUAUCACCAGCGUUCGCACCUUCGCCACCACGGAGACGACUUAUAACUACCGUGGUUCUCCUUUUGCUCGUCUCGACAUUCAUCCCAUACCAAUUCGCAUACACAGUUGCAUGUCUCGUACAGCUGAGCACUGCUGUCCGAGCCCAUCGAUCUGCACGCGAGACUUCGUCACCUGCAACCGUUAAUUUCAAUAACUACGUCCAUUCUAUUUUGCUCUUGAUGUUAUGGAUUCUGCCCAUCAACUUGCCGACCCUAGUCGUUUGGGUACGCAAUUUGGCCGUCCAGUGGUUUACGGCGUUCUCGUCGCAUCACAACGUGCUGUCGAUACUGCCGUUUAUCCUCUUGGUCGAAACCCUUACAACUGGAAAAAUGAUUCCGCCAGUAACAAGCCGGCUCAGGUACCUAACCGACAUCAUAUUCUUUGGCAUAGCCGUCUACGCAGCUAUAUACGGUGUUUCGCACGCUUAUAUGUUGCAUUAUUUAAUAAAUAUCGUCGCAGCAUGGCUUGUAGCAAUCCAUUCGACAUCGGAUUCCUGGACUCUGGCCGGAAUAUCCUCCAUUUUCGAAGGCGAGCCGGCCGAGAACCGCAAACAGGGUAAAACUCCUUGAUAUGAUUGAUGUCAAGAGCCAGAUUUGCCCGCUUAGUGGUUCUAGAUAGACCCCGCGGGUUAUGUCGGAAGACCUGAAUACUUCGUCAAUCUCAAAUUUAUUAUUUAUUUUUACAAAAUCAUAUCGCAUUAGAUAUGUUACGGAUCGGUACUAGACCUCCGGCCUUGUUAGAAACCUAGGUUCUUUGUAUAUACAUCCUGAACCGAGUUGGUCAGCAGUAUCGAGAAAGCCGAGCGUCUUACC